AUUACAAAGUCGUUACGCUUUGAACGCAGUUUAACGACUGUCGAGUCCGUCUGAUUAGUUUUGUGAUGAUUCAUAUGAAAUUGACAAGGUUGUCGGUAGCACUGAUCCGUGCAUGUCCGCCGCUGUGCGUGACGGCUUUAUAAUAAUAGACAAUGUUUAUACCUCUGUUUGGUGUCUCCAUCUUAUUCUGUAUUUUAAUAUAGAGAGAUGUGGACUCUCGCCUGGGCCAAGGAGAACUUUAUCAAAGUGAUAUUAAAUAAAAUGGUGAAGAACUGGGGAGUGAUUGGUGGCGUAGCAGCCGCUGUGGCUGCUGGAGUUUAUGUGCUGUGGGGACCCGUCACGGAGAGAAAGAAACGGAAGAAGGGCAUGGUACCCGGGCUCCUGAACUUGGGGAACACCUGCUUUAUGAACUCCCUGCUUCAGGGCUUGGCGGCGUGUCCCUCCUUUAUCCGCUGGCUGGACGAGUUAACAGAGGGGUACAACCAAGACCAGAACCAGCAGCAACAGCACCCCAAGCUGGCCAGAACCCUCUUGCAGCUUCUCAGGGCAUUGUCCACGCAGGAGCUGGCGGAGGGUGAUGUCCUGGAUGCAGGGAAGCUGCUGGAGGCCCUCAGGAGUUACAGAUGGCAGAUCAGCUCAUUUGAAGAGCAGGAUGCACACGAGCUCUUCCACGUGCUCACUUCCUCUCUGGAGGAGGAGGAGCGGGACAGGCAUCCCCGCAUCACUCACCUGUUUGAUGUUCAGUCUCUCGAGAGCGCCGUAGGGAUGGAUGAGAAAAACCUCAGCUGCAGGAGUCGAGGACCUUUGCAUCCAUUACCAAACUCGUGGCAAUCCCAGCAUCCUUUUCAUGGACGACUGACCAGUAACAUGGUGUGCAAGCGCUGUGACCAACAGAGUCCAGUCCGAUAUGAUUCGUUUGACAGCCUCUCGCUCACCAUUCCUACGACAACUUGGGGUCGGCCUGUCACGCUGGAUCACUGCCUCCAACAUUUUAUCUCUUCCGAGACGAUCAAAGAUGUGGAGUGUGAGAACUGCACCAAGAUCCAUGCAAGUGGAGUGUUAAAUCGACAGGUUGUGGAAAGCCAGAGGUCAACUUUUAUCAAGCAGCUCAAAUUGGGGAAGCUGCCCCAGUGCCUGUGUAUUCACCUGCAGAGGCUGACCUGGUCCAGCCAAGGCACGCCCAUCAAGCGGCAGGAGCAUGUGCACUUCACAGAGUUCCUGUCCAUGGACUCCUACAAGCACAGAACAGUGGGUCGAAGGUCACAGCGACAGAACCGGGCAGCCAGGACAAGCAUUCUAGAGGAUACCAGGGUGUCUCCCAAACCCUCAGAUCCAGAUCAAUCAAACAACAACAAAAAGCCACUGACGAAUGGAGCGUGCCCAGGAUACCUCCCCCCCUCCACAACAAGCCCCCCAUUUGCCCUCACCUACGAGUGCAGUUCGUCUGUCUAUCUCUUCCGAUUGUCAGCUGUGUUGGUACAUCACGGGGACAUGCACUCAGGACACUUUGUCACCUACCGCCGCUCCCCUCCAUCUCCCAAGAACCCCUCUGCCUUCAGCAGCCAGUGGCUGUGGGUGUCUGAUGACUCUGUACGCAAGGCCAACUUGCAGGAGGCGCUCUCCUCCAACGCCUACCUGCUGUUCUACGAGAGGGUCCGGCCAGCCCCCUCCCUUCUGCGCCCCAGCCCGAGGCUGACGCCUGAGGAGUGAGAGAGAUCUUGCAGAUAAGAAUGCAUUGCCCCUGCCCUGUGUGUGAUCAGUCAUGUGGAUUCAGAUAACCAGUCUUGAGGUCCUUAACCACUGCAGUACUGUUCUGAUGCCCCAUGUGUGUUGUGUACUUUCCUCUAUAGCUGUAAAACCUGUCUUUUCAAUACACAGAAACUAUUAAAUAAAACUUAAGAGGAGAUACAUGAUGUGCUACUGUUUCAGUAUUCAAGUUUUACUGUCAAAUGGCUAUACAUGAAAGGAAAGCAGUCAUGGCUCAUGGAAACAGACCCUAUCCUUGAGUGGAUGUGCAAACAAGAUGCAGCAAGAUCUGUACCCACCCCAGCCACUGCUAGGGUGGGUGGGGAGGGGUAGAAAAGGGUGUGAUUCUGUGGUACUGUUAUGUAACUCGCCUUCCAAGACAGAUAUUGAAAUGUUUAUUUGAAUUGUUACCGGAAGAAAAGUUUUUAGUGUUUUUGUGUUCUCUCAGAGCUAGGAUUGAAUAUAUCAGGGCUGGUUUGGCAGGUUGGGAAAUGUAUAGCUGGUCUUCAUGUGGUGUAAUUGAGGUGUGCUUAAUGGAUGAUACUGUAAUUGAAAUGGGUGGGACUGCUAUGCAAUGGGACGGGUGUCUUUAAUGUACUCCUUGGUUUACAGCCAGGGUUCUGUUAUUGCUGACUUUGCACACAAGCGUUAGCUUAUACUACGAAGACCCUUGGAUUACAUUGGCUUAAAACAAGCCCAAUGCAAUCCACUGGAUUUGUAUUAUAGGGGGAUUACAUUUAGACAGUGUCACACAAAGACUUUAGAGUCUGGCUAUUGAUUCAGUCAGCCAAGUAGCAGCAGCUACAAUGCAAAAAUCUCCCAUUGCAUUGUCGUGCUGUUAGCCAGGGUUAAUGUGAGAAUGUAUGUGUGUUUUCCCAGUGAAUGUUUGUACACCUGUUAAUAUAUGCUGCCCAUCUUUGAUUUCAUCAGUAUUACCUGAGAAAUAAGAGAAUAAUGUAUGAUGUUGUACAUAAAUGUAAAAAAAAAAAAAUGCACCAACCUAUGUUACAAAUGAUACACAAUAUAUAUAUAUAAAUUUGU